AGUCGACAUUAAAAAAAUAAACGUCAACCGUGUAGAAAAAUAGAUACAUUUUCCUCAAACUUUUAAUUUAAUUUAAAAAAAAGUUGAAUCCAAAGCAAAUUGCAAGUUGUUCUUACAAUGGAUCGCAACAAACCGAGCUCCGGUGCGCGGUCUACGAAAAAGCAAAUCGGUUUACCACAAAGUGAGUUGUUUGCGUUGGGUUCUAAAUCCGGCACAAGUUCUCGGGAUGAUUCGAAAAACAAACCUGGCGUUAGCGGAGUGACGGAACGGAAGCGGGAUGCCGCUGCGCUGGCCAGUGCAGUGGCGGCCAAAAAAAUCAAGCUAAGUUCGACGGGUGGUUCCGGCUCGGUGGGAAGCUCGUCGUUGCCAGGCUCGAGUAAACCCUCUUCCGGAGGGGACAGCUCCAGCUCCAGUAGUGUAAUCGAGUACUGGGAACAGAUGGCGUUGGACUGCGAAUCGGUGGACCUGGUUUCUUCAGUGCUCGGGGCUAUUGAUCAGCAGGAUAGUGACAGUGUAGUCGGAUAUAUUUGCGGAGCGAUCAAGUUGCUGAUUUCACCGAAGUCAAAAUCGGAAUCGGUACUCUCGCUGUCGCUACUCUAUCUGGCAAAAAUUCGUCCCCAUCUGUUUUGCAAUGAGACGAUAACGUCGGCACUGAUUGCGGUGUUGAAAAGAGACACACAAAAUUCGUUCAAGGGCCGUAACAAUCCAACGGUGCACGUUUUGGCAUGCAAUCUUCUGGCUAGGGGUUAUAGCGAUAAGAAACAAUGGCCGGAGAGUUUGAUACGAACGUACGUCGAGGAUGCAAUCAAUGAUCGGGUUUGGGUUGACUAUGAGGAAUGCGCCCCUUUCACCGAUAAUUGUGUGGCUGCGCUGGGAACAAAGAUUCCUCCGAAAUGGAUGCUGCAACCGGAGCUUACUGCCCUUAAUCCAGGCGCAAGAGAAAAUCCCACCAUUGAUGAUGAGCACUCCACGGAUAGUGGAAUGUUUGGCGAUGCAUUAGGUAAAGAUCCGGAAGCAAACCCACCUCGCUUUGCACAUAUACAGGAUCAAGUCGAGAAAUUGGUCGUGGAAGCAGCGAAGGACCAACUGAAUCGUCGCCAGGCACCUGACUGUUCAACAAGAAACUUCUUAAAGUUUUUGUCCCUGGGUUGUGGCAUACCGGAAGUCAGAGCUUUGGCUAUUCCUCGGCUGGAGCUUUGGAUCCAUAAUGGAAAGCUGAUGAAACCGGCUCAAGAGCUGCUGACAUUCAUUUGCUACAAUGUCACUGGGCAGAAUCCAAAAGAUCACGAAGUGCUUUCCAAUUUGGUAAAGAUGCGGCUCAAAACAAAACCACUGAUCAAUAUUUUCAUGACAUGCCUGAAAGAGAUGAUCAACUGCCAAUCGGAGAUUUUGGCCAUUAUGUUGAAAUAUGUAGUCCAGAAUGAACUCUCGAAUGCUCGAAAUCCUAACAAUAUGGGAAUGCUUGCGACCAUGUUUCAGGCCAAACCAACCGAGUCUGCAACUCACCUUGCGGAAAUCUAUCAAGAAUGUCUGCUUCAAAGGGAGGAUGUUCUGAGAACUCUACGAGUGUUCCUCCGGGAAUUGGUCAAAAUGCUACGAUACGAUAUUAACCUAAUGGUAUUCUCCAAAGCAUUGCUAACAAAUCGUACUGAUCUAAGAACACAAGUGACGAGCUCGGAAUUUCGCGACCGCAUAUUUCAUUCCGUCGUUGAUUUAGUUUGCCUGUGCAUGUUUUUAUCAGUUUCACCCCAGAUUAGAGAAGCCAAUGCUUCUAUUCGAAGCGGAAGAGAACCUAAAAGCUCCCCAGCCUUGACAACGUUCUAUCAACAGAUGUCCACUAUUCAAUUCGAUACUCUCACGUGGAUGCAUGAGGUGGUACCGAUCGUGUACAUGCCAUCACCGAACGAUUUCAAAGUUGCAUUCCACAAGAUGUUAUUCCUGGAUUCACCCGAAGCUUAUGCUAAAGGCGAUCAAUGGCCACCAGAACCGGAACGGGCGCCGUUGUUGAGAAUUGUUUCUGAAAUUCCCCUGCAGCAGAACUCGAUGCUGCGCAUCAUCCUCAUUGGCAUUACAAAGGAGAUUCCUUUCACCAUCCCUGAUACUAUGGAGAUAAUCGAGCAGCUGGUUCGCCGUGCUGGAUCGCUCCGUCAUAUUGAUUAUCCGCCGCUGGAUGUUGCUAAUUUGGAAAUCAUCGACCUUCUGUUUAAAAUGUCUGAAUAUCAUCAUCCGGACAACAUUGUUCUUCCAUCCAAUUACGAACCACCCAACCUUGCUAUUUCUUCUCUAUAUUGGAAAACGUGGAUUAUACUGUUGCUUAUUUCUGCCCACAAUCCAUCGAUUUUUGGGUCAUUCUGCUGGGAGCAAUACCCAAUGCUGCGCACUCUAAUGGAGAUGUGCAUCACUAAUCAGAUAGGACCGACCAAGCCGUCCGAAGAAGAACUUCAAGUUUCCACAGCUGAAAAGAGUCAGAUUUUGGAGUUCGAAAAUCACCUUGCUUCCAAUGUGAUCAAUGAGCAAAAUAGCCUUCUGUUGUCUCAAUUGAUUCUCAUGGAUCCUCGGGGUGUGGCACGACGACCUCCGAAUCACGUGUUGGAGCAGAUUCAAUCUUUGAAUGUAACGCAUCGCCUGGGACACUUGUUGUGCCGCAGCCGAAAGCCCGAUUUACUGCUGGAGAUCAUUCAACGCCAAGGUACCUCCCAGGCCAUGCCCUGGUUGGCUGAUCUCGUCCAGAACAGCGAUGGCGAUUUCAACCAUCUGCCGGUGCAGUGCUUGUGCGAAUUUUUGCUCUCCAACUCGAGCACGGUUAUUGUGGAGAAUAGUCGCGAAGCGGAACUGUUGGUUUAUCUGCAAAAGGUGGUACAAGACGAAACCAGAGACCAUCAGAUGAUAUGCGAGAUCAUGGAAUACUUUUUCAGGCGCUUGUCAUCGUUCUCGAACUCUUCUCGCCAAUCGGCUAUUCGGGGAUUGAAGUUGUUAUUGAAGGUUUUUCAAGAUGAAAAUGACCCAGUGCCAAUCGAAAGCAAUAAUUCUGAAUGGUUACUACGGUUCCUGCCAAUAAUUCCACACUUUGCUUACGUGCGUCCCAGUGUGAUUGUUCAAUUGAGAGCCGCUUGUCAGGUGGAAAAUUCCCCCGAGUUGGUCAUGUACUACAUUCAGUUCAUUGCCGCCCAUACAUCGAUGGACUCUGAAGCAGAUAUGCUUGAACAUGUAAUGGACAUGUCCCAUCUGAUUGUCGAACGCAGCACCAUUUUCUCGCAUAUUAUUCCCACGGCUACGGAUCAAAGCGAGGCACGUGUACAAACUCUCAACUGCUUGUUUGUUAUGUUCAACAAUUUUUUGAUUAAGUUGAGAGAAUAUAAGAUAACGCAAGCUUUCACAGAAUAUCAGGAUCUUCUGUUGGUGCAGUUUGCCGAUGAGAGCCAGUGUCACAUUCAUCUUAACAUAAUUCAAGCUUUUGUGAUUCUUUUGACGCACUCGACAUAUAUUCCGAUGGCGGCACAAAUUUUGGAUUACUGGUUUCCUGAGGGUGCCCCUCCACCACAGGCAUUUAACAUCGAAACAUCGGAACCGGUACAGAUCUUGCCGGAUUGGCUCAAGUUAAAGAUGAUACGUAGCAAUGUAGAUCGCUUGGUUGAUGCUGCUCUGCAAGGUUUAACUCCUGACCAGAUCGUGCUGUUUGUACAAAACUUUGGUACUCCAAUCAACUCUAUGUCCAAACUACUAGCUCUGUUGGAUCGCGCAGUAAUCGAACAAUUUGAUGCGGUCAAUAAUGCUAUCUUACACAAAACUUAUCUCACACAGUUAGUGGAGAUUCAGCAAGCCAGAGGAGCUAAAAAUGGGCAUAUUUCUAUCCAAGCUCUGGAGUUGGACAAUCAGCCGAUCGGUGAUCCUCCAAUGAUGAAUGUCACAGUCAUGGAACCGCUGCAAAUUGAUUUGAGUGAUGAAACGAGAGUUAGAACAAUUUCCGAGCAAAGCAAACCGACAUCCAAGACAAAAGAGAUUGAAGAAGCUGUGGAGAUUAUUUUGACUCACACGGUGAUCAGUAAGCCAAACAUGGCCAAGUACCGGAAGCUGAUUCAGCGUUUGAAUAGCGGUGGAAAAUCUUCCAAAUCCCAAGAGUAUACUGCUAACAAGGUGUUGAACUACUUGGGACGGUUGGUAAAGAGUAACCAGGGCCAGUAUCUAAUUAAGAACUGGAUUCAAAAUCCGCAGAUGUGUUGCUUCUUCCGUUCGCUUCUGGCGAUCCCUCCGGAAAAGUUUGAUAAUCUUAACUAUUUACUCCACAUCUUGGACGAGAUCAUUAAGUACAUGAACCCAACCUCGAAUACCGUUUUAUUGCAAAUUCUAGUUGGAAAGCGCCAGCAGUUGGUAAAGGUAGCACAGAAAGACAAUCAGCCAGGACAAGGUCAAUCACAGAAUCUACUCCAGGUCCUCACGGUCAACAAAGCUUCAGAAGUGGAACGCAAGGGUAAGCUGCAGUUGCGCCAAACCAACACCGAGGAUAUGAUCAACGUCAUUUCGACCCUUUUGAAAAGUGGUCAAGGCAUCAAAGCAGAAAUUCAAGAUUUGCAGUUUGACAAGCGUGGAAUGUUGGUGGACUGGUUGGCAGAAGCGGACUCUGAAUUGGUUCACGUAAACAAGGAAAUGCAGAUGGAUAUGCUGUUCAAUCGUAAUCUGGGGGAGUUUCGACCCUAUUUGCUGUCGCUGAUGAGUCAUCAGGCUAGCUGGUCUACACUCCAUGAGACGGUGGAUUUAUUGAUGGACAAGUACGUUGCGACCUACGAUCCUUGCUCAGUAUUGGACUUUAUCGAUACACUUACAAGAAAUCCUAAGCUCUGGCAAGGCAGAGAUAAGGCUGUUCCGAAACACGAACAAAUAGAAUAUAUCGUUACUUUGAGCGAAAAACAGGUGAAGACUUUCAUCGAUUACAUUCUAGCAGAAUCUAACACCGUAAAAAUCUGUGACCGAGUGAAGUUGCUUCUUCAGUGUGUGGACUGUAAAUUCGAUUACCUUGAAGGAAUGGUCGACUAUGCUGUAGGCAAACAGAAUCAGUCUUCCCGAAAGUUUUUGCAGCAACUUUAUCUAAACAUUCCUCCGAUGAAGUUUUUGAUGCCUCACAUUGAGAACGUCUAUGACGCGGAUGUCCGUAACGCAACCGGCUGCGUGGGAGACAAGUUUGCUUACUAUAUUCUGACUACGAUAGCAUGUCUAACAACUCCUAGGGAUUUUCAACAGAUGUCAGCAGAGAUGGAACUUAUUGUAAGGAAGCUCGCUGCUUCGCAUCCUGUGCUUCUCCUCCGUCAGAUGUCGGUACUGGCCACCUUGCUUCAGGGAAGAGCGCACAUGGAUUUAUCGGUUUUGAGAGCCGAGUAUCAUUUUCAUCUAUUCCACCAAGUCAUGGGAAUUCUUGAGCUGCUUCAACCGCUCGUGUUCGAAGACAGCUACAAAAUUGGUCUUCAGAAUGCUUUGGAUUGCUACUUCGCACUUCUCAGAAACCACGGUAAUGUUAAAGAAACCUACACUCUUAUUUACCGCUUUAUGGAAUUCCUUCAUGCUUACAUUGGAGCUAAUCCCAAGACAGCUAUAAGCUUCAUACAAAAUUACUCGGAUCUGUUGAACGACUUAGCUCAUCAACAUUACGACCUUCAAUCACUGCAGCAACUCGUCCAAGGACUGUCGAUGUUCAAACAGCGCACAUCUUCCGCUUCAGCGUCUGUGAUUAAAUCAGAUCUAGAAGAACCAAUUCCUGGAACGUCAAAGGAUAUUAAACUUGCUGUCGUUCCUGCUACUUCUACCGCUGAAUCCGCGCAGCAAGCAACAGCUGCAAUAAUGAUGUCAACCUAUGUGAAGAAUGAAGUCCUGCCUCAGCAUUGGCAAGAGCUGACUCACGCAAUUAGAUCUCGCGAAGCAGACGACAUCUCUACCCCGAUGCUGGAAGUGGACGCUCUAACCGUCAAACGUCCCAACCUGUUGGAGGACAUUUUCGACGAAAUCAUCCGUUUUUUGACGCACUCGUCCGGUUCGAUUCGUCAGACCGCGCAUGGAUUGGUCACACGUUGGCUCAAGCAGAACCCAGGCAAUUUCUCAACGAAUAGCACGGCGUUGACCGCAUUUGUGCAGUGUCUGUACCACGAGGACGUGGCCGUUGUCCAGAGCGCGUUGGACAAAUCUACCGAGUACGCGCUGUGUUUGCAAGAAUACGCACCGCAAAUACUGAUGACGAUGUUCAACUUGGGCAUCAACAACAAGAUCAAUACGUACCCAACGAUACGGCGAUGCGUUCAGGCCAUCAAAAAGCAGCAUGCGUGUUGAAUGCAUGGGUUACAACAUUCAAAAGUAUAUUUAUGUCAUUCAAGUUUAUAUUGAUAUUGGUAUAAAUAAAAUGUAUUUCGUACGUUGGUACCUAUAUCCAAA